UUAAUCGGUGUAUGAAAAAUUAUAGGUUUUUUGAUUAGAUUAAUUUUUAAUUAAAAAAUUUAGAUGUUUCAUACUCACUACUUUUGAAAACAAUUGCUCCAAAAUAAUCACCGGAAAAUUGAUGCAAUCAACUUAAAAUUUUAUUAUAUUUUCUUGCCUUUUUAAAAUAGUGUAUUGUAGUUUUGGCAAAAUAGUUUUUUUUUUCCUUCUAUCAGAAAGGUUGAGUACUUAAAUUUUACAUAUCAAAAGAAAGUGUUAUUCUUCUUUUCUUUCAAUUGCCAAUGCUUUCAAUUUUUGUAUAUAAGCUUCAAAUAUAUAUUAAGGCUGGACACUGAGUAGAUAUUCAAGAUUUAUAUGCUAUUCGUGAUCUGUUCUGUACAAAUAAUGACUUUUCUGAUCUAUAUCCUCUCUGGCAUUUACUGGAUAUUUGAUGUCUGUAUAUCCGUUAAAAAUUGGAUAUUCUGUCGGAUAUUUGAUUCAACUCCAAAUGUAAAUAUUUAAAAUAUAUAGAAAAAUUCAAAAAAUUUCGAAGAUAGUUACAAUAUUUCAUAAAAUAUGUUUUACUGAAGCUUGAUUCUGCUCAAAUUAGACUAGGUUUUACCCAGGUUGAAAAAGUACAUAGUGGCUCGUAAGUCGUGAAGCAUUAUUAGUUAGACUAGGUUUAUGAAACUCUUUCCUCUCGAGAUUAUUUCAAUCUCACAUGUUGACCUUUGCUUUAAUGUUGGUUUUAAGACCACCAUGAAGUCCAUCAUUCUCGGAACUUCAAGAAGAAACUUUUCUUUUCUUAACAUUCUUGGUUUGGUUAACCAAUCUUGUCUCCAUGAUUAGAAUCUUGGGUAAGAAAAGCUUCUUCUAAUUUGUCAAACAAGGGCAUCUUCAAAUUCGUUGAAGGUCCAUUAGUGUCGGCAUCAACGUUCAAGAAUUUUUUUGAUGUUUUUCCCAGCUAGGAUAUACUCCAUACACUCGAGGAAAACAACAGAAAAAUGUUAGUAUGCCUCCCUUAUGUUUUCUUGGUAUAGUAUCUCAGCGAGUAAAACAUUAUCACUAGUAGAAAUUUAUUCUAUAGCCACGUCGCAGUCACGGUCAUUCCGUGUCUAGCUUUCAAUAAGUCACGGAGAUGUCACCGAUUGCCACGGAAAAAAUAAUUCUUAAAUACGUGACCGUUUCGUGGAAUAAUCGUGGCUUUUACUGCCACGAUAAAGCCAUAGUUAAAACGUGACAAUUCUAGCCACGUUUUGGUCACACCAAUUAUGUGACUUUUAUUUCACGAACAACAUCCGUGGACAAACCGUGAUCAAAAUUAUUUGGUUUUCCCGGGUUAAUUGAAAUAUUUAGACCAAAAAUAUUUGGUUUCCCGGUUUAGCCACUUAAAAGACAGAACCCUCAUCCCAACCCUAAUAUCUCUUCCUCAUUUUUAACACUUAUCUAAAAUAACUCACUCUCUGCUCUCAUCUCUCGCCUCUCGUCUCUCUCUCCCGACAAACCAACUUCGCAAAAAGACUUCAAAUUGUCUUCCACUUCGAAUCAAGAUGUCUCUCUCCGGCCAAGCCUCAAGCCAGGCCAAGCCCCCGACCGUCGUCUGAUGUAGUAUAAGAGGAGUAUGAAUAAAGGAACACGUGGACGGUGGAGAUGGCAGGAAGAAUCAACGGUCAUGAUCAUAAGCAAGUGGGUGUUGGCAUUUAAAAAGAAGAUGAAGAUCAGAAUUAGAAAUAUCGUGAAAAAUUGUGAAGUUUGUUGUUCUUUCUCUUUGAGUUUUCUGGAUUUGACAUUUGAUUCAUCCUCUGUGAAGAACUUAGGGUUCUUACAAGAUGAAUCUGGAGAUUCCUUGUUUUAGGAACAUUGGAUCUUCUCCAUUUGAAUAUUGAAUUGAAAUUGGAAUUGUGUUUGUUGGAUUUGGUGAGAAUUGGAGUUAACUGUAUCAAAGGUAUCAGAGCCAAACGACCUCGGAAUCUAUGGCUGAAUCACGAGCGACAGUUCGCAAAUUAGAAGAAGCAGGGAGAUCGCGAAGUGAUAUGAUGAUGGAGCGAACCCAUGCUUUGGAAGAAUCUGUGGCGAGUCAGAAUUCCACAGCACAAACAAGAACAGGUACCACAAACUACUAUUUUGGGGAAACUCGUCUUGCUAAGCUAGAUUGUCCACGAUUUAGCGGUGAUAAGAUUACGGAGUGGUUAUUCAAGGUCGAGCAAUUCUUUGAAAUAGAUCGAACACCGGAUGAUAUGAAAAUUGGUUUAGUCUCUAACCAUUUUGAUGAUGUUGUUGCUACUUGGCAUCAAUGGAUGGUGCAAUCAGUGUUUUGGAAGCAUGUUAUGCACGAUUGGAUGACUUAUAAAAUGUUGUUGCAAGGCAAAUUUAAGGAGCUGGAGGUUGAUCCAAUUGUUGAAUUGAAUCAGUUGCAGGAAACAAAUGGAAUUGAGGAGUAUCAUGCUCAGUUUGAGCUGAUUAGCACUAAAGUGAACUUAGAUGAAGAUUACUUGGUUAGUCUGUAUUUGACAGGACUGAGAUCUGAUACUCAAGUGAAUGUAAGGAUGUUUCAGCCUCAAACGAUUCAGCAAUGUUUCUCAAUUGGAAGAUUAUAUGAGUAUGCACAUCCCAGAAGCAACAUUGAUAACGUUGGGAUCCUUCCACUUAAGAGAGAUAGUGAACUGCAAGCUGAGGUGGAUAACGAAGAAGAAGGAAUUAAGAUUGAGAUGGAAUCGAUUGUCUUAGAAGAUAAUUUAGUACAUGGAGCAAUCAUGGAGGAAGCAUCAACUCCACAAUUUCAGGUACCAGUUUCAAACUUAGAAACUAGCCUUCGAUUUCACAAUGCUUCACCAGUUGUUUGUGAGGAUUUGCAAUAUGUUGUUGGCUGUGAUGACUUGUUUGAUCAUCAAGAAACGAUAUUACAAGCUUCAUACACAAAAGCAAGGGAUGUGUUGCUUCAGAAGUCAAAAAGUGUCACUAACAAUCAAGUUGCACACCAAGUGUUCGAGACAUUACCUCAUAGAGAACAAAGUAAGCAGAGACAUAUUAAGUGCGCCAAGUGGUGGAAGUUCAAAUUCAAACAAAGGAGACCACAUAAAGGCAGGCCACGAAUUGCACAUAAAUGGAUUUACAGAGGGGAUUUCAGGUACAAAUAUCUUUGUUCAAGUGCUAAAGUUGCAUUGCUGAAGCAUAACAAGCUUCCCGAAUCUUGGUCCACGCUCAAAGAUGAUUGUUUCAUGGAAGACAAGUUCUGGAAAUUCAAGUUCAUGAACAGAAAUUUGCAGAUAAUGAGAGAACAUGGACACACAAGCCACCUUAAGCUAAUGUCUGAUAAGAGAGAACAUGAGGCGAUGUUCAUUGCGGCCAGAACUGUUCAUGUGAGAUGUUUGCUCGGUAUAAUGCUUGGGAUAACAGAGAGUGAUGCAGGUCAUGGACAACAAGCUGUAUAUGAGCAGAUUUUAAUGGUGACUGAGCAGUUGUUGCAAACCAGUUUGGUUCUUCAACAAGCGAUGAGAAACAAAAAGAUCAAAUUUUCCAAGCGGUGGUGGUUCAAGUACAAAUCUGUGGAAGAGGGUAUAAAGAGACCACAAAUUCCGUUGAAGUACAAGUGCAACUUGGAAUUUGAUGAGUGGUUUAAAAGCUGGAGCAGAAGAGAGACACUGUGUGUACUGUUUAGACCUGACUUACAAGAGAUUGUAAGAGGAAUCUUACUAUGGAUGAUGCAAAAACAAAAAUGUCCCAAAUCCUGGAAGUUCAAAUUUAAAAGCAGCUCAGAAGACUGCAAAUUGAAGUGUGGUAAAUCUUGGAACUUUCACAACAAAAACAGACUAAUCCAGGGUGAUUUAGUGGAGACGGGAAGACCAUUUAAGCUGAGAUUGAAGCAACAUCACCUAUUACAAUGGUUAUGGAAGAGCUGGUGUUCUAUAAUGCUAUAUGAAUUUUUUUGGGAACGUAGUGACGAAUGGACGCAGCUCUUAUGCAGUAGGAUAUUGGUUCGUUACCAUGUCUGGCAUCGUUGGAAGGCUCGGUGUUCGCAGAAAAUUGACCAUGACUUAGAUGUGGCUACUUACUAUGAACAGCUACAUGUUUUCGAUGGUGUUGUUGUAAAUGUGUUGCUUCAGCAUUCAACGGAUCUCUUUAUUAGAUUACAGAGUACGAAGAAACAAAGGGAAUGUCUUAAGUCUUGGAUGUUCAAAUUCAGAAAAAAAGACGAUUGUCCAACAGUUUACUCUGAUCGUUACUUGGAAAACAAAAAGAAUGGGAGAAAGAUAAGGGUUAAGAAACGUGACUACCUCUCUUGGCAAGAAGCUGGAGGUAAUGAAAAUACCAAAGAAACUAGUGGGAAGCUUCAACAACUCCGUGGUCUAUGCAAAGAACUAAUGGAUCUUGGUGUUUCUUUUGAUAUGGAUAAUGAUACACAACCACCAAGCUUAUGAAGAGGUCUAAAGCUUGUUGUGGUCAAAUAUGGAGAAGCUAUAUGAAUUGUUGCAGCAAGAUCUUUCUUAUCAACCAUGAGGGCAUGGUUGUUUGGGGAGGAAGGAUUUGAUAUAGUAUAAGAGGAGUAUGAAUAAAGGAACACGUGGACGGUGGAGAUGGCAGGAAGAAUCAACGGUCAUGAUCAUAAGCAAGUGGGUGUUGGCAUUUAAAAAGAAGAUGAAGAUCAGAAUUAGAAAUAUCGUGAAAAAUUGUGAAGUUUGUUGUUCUUUCUCUUUGAGUUUUCUGGAUUUGACAUUUGAUUCAUCCUCUGUGAAGAACUUAGGGUUCUUACAAGAUGAAUCUGGAGAUUCCUUGUUUUAGGAACAUUGGAUCUUCUCCAUUUGAAUAUUGAAUUGAAAUUGGAAUUGUGUUUGUUGGAUUUGGUGAGAAUUGGAGUUAACUGUAUCAUCGUCGCUCAAGACCCUCCGAUUUGAAUCUGCCGGACUUUUAUAAUGUGAUUUUCUGAAGAACCGAAGAUGCAUUGCUGCGUGCUGCCUCUAGAGAAGCCCAACCACACCUCCAUCCAAGGAAGCUCAAUGGUGCCUUAUGGUAACUUAGCAAAAAUCUAUAAAGGUUCAGUAUAGACCCUUGUGUCCGCAAGUUCAUUCAAACAACGUGGCAAGGCUACUACAUGUGGCCUAGGCUGCAACUCCCCAACAGGUAAAUCAUACUCAACCUUAUGUUCAUACUGCAAUGUCUCCCAAUCCCACUGUCCUGAAUGCCACAAUGCCGAAUACUGCCUCAACUCCACCAAUGACUCAAGCUCAACAAGCUGCCUAUGAAGUGUGGUGUGCUACUCGUGACCCAACUUUUACAAGCACUUAGUUACGUAGUCUAAUGCUCUUGGUUUGUUGUUUUCAUUUUAAGCUUGUUUCUUAAAAUAUUUGCAUCUUUUGUAAGACUAUAGACUUUUUGUAAGUCUCGUGGAAUCUUUGAAUCUUUUGUAAAACUUUUGGCAAUGUAUGAUAGUGUAUUUUGGAUUUUAAA